AUGUUGUGCAAUGUAAAGGUCUCCAUCCAUAACAAGAGCGAAAUUGUGGAAGUUUUAUACUUUGCACAGCUGGCUGUUAUGGUCCAUGCAGACGACAUCAAUGAGGACGACAAUGAUGAGGAGUUCAAGUACAUUGACAAUGAAAUCUACCACUUUGUCACCAUUGCAAUGGUCUCUGUCUAUUCUUGCCCAGACCCAGAACUACUGCAGAAGUCAGCACAGACUGUUUGGUCAUGCACAUAUCAUGGCAACGAGGCACUGCAGCUAGUCAGCAUGAAAAUGAUACAUUCUGUAGUCACUAUGGUACCUCAUUGUCCUAAACUCCCAUCAGGAUUGGUAGAGGAUCACUUUUUUCUGGUUGAGAAGCCUGGGCUUGGUUUGGUGUCUGUUGAUGAGGAGAUGGGAGAUGAUGCUGACAAGGAUGAAUAG